AUGUACUGGAUAUCCCUUUGCAGAACACUGAUUUUUGGUCUGCUUCUGCUGCCACCAUUUGCACAGCUUUCCACCAUCACGCAGCCAAACAUCGUCCUAUUGAUGGCUGAUGAUCUCGGCAUAGGGGAUGUAGGUUGCUAUGGGAAUGAUACUAUCAGGACCCCAAACAUCGAUCGCUUGGCAAAAGAAGGAGUGAAGCUGACCCAACACAUCGCUGCAGCUCCACUUUGCACCCCCAGCAGAGCAGCUUUCCUCACUGGCAGAUAUCCUCUCCGAUCAGGGAUGGAUGCUGUAAACAAUUACCGUGUUAUUUUUUGGAAUGGUGGCUCAGGUGGGCUUCCUCCAAAUGAAACCACUUUUGCCAAAAUACUGCAGCAGCAAGGCUACAGCACAGGACUCAUAGGAAAGUGGCAUCAAGGUGUUAACUGUGAAUCCCGCAAUGACCAUUGUCAUCACCCUUUAAACCAUGGAUUUGACUAUUUUUAUGGGAUGCCUUUUACUCUAAUAAGUGAUUGCCAACCAACAGAAACACCAGAGAUGGACAGAGACUUUAGAAGGAAACUAUGGCUUUCCACUCAGAUGAUUGGCCUCAUUACACUCACUGCUGCACUGGGAAGACUCACUGGAUUGAUUUCCGUUCACUGGAAAACAGUGACCUGCCUUGCUGGGUUCAGUCUGCUGUAUUUCGUAUCUUGGUUCUCAAGUUAUGGGUUUGUACGAUACUGGAACUGCAUCAUGAUGAGAAACCAUGAAGUUACUGAGCAGCCAAUGGUGACAGACAGGACUACAUCCCUUAUCUUGAGGGAGUCCAUUGCAUUUAUUGAAAGAAAUAAACACAAGCCAUUCCUUCUCUUUCUUUCCUUCUUACACUCCCACACUCCUCUCCUCACCACAAAGAAGUUUCUUGGGACAAGCAGCCAUGGUUUAUAUGGAGACAAUGUAGAGGAGAUGGACUGGAUGGUGGGCCAGGUUCUGGAUGCUAUUGACAAGGAAGGCUUGCAAAAUACAACACUAGUUUACUUUGCCUCUGAUCAUGGUGGAUGGCUGGAAAGACAAGAAGGUGAAAGGCAGCUGGGUGGCUGGAAUGGAAUACACAGAGGUGGAAAAGCUAUGGGAGGCUGGGAAGGAGGAAUCCGUGUCCCAGGGAUAUUUAGAUGGCCAGGAAUGUUACCUGCAGGCACAGUUAUCAAUGAACCUACAAGCCUUAUGGACAUUUAUCCUACAGUAGUUCAUCUGGCUGGAGGGGUACUACCCCAAGACAGGGUAAUUGAUGGCCGGGAUCUGAUGCCUUUACUACAAGGAGCAGUGGAGCACUCAGAGCACGAGUUCCUGUUUCAUUACUGUGGCAUUCACUUACAUGCUGUGCGGUGGCACCAGAAAGACAGUGGAGCCAUCUGGAAGGCUCAUUAUGUGACCCCUGUCUUCCGUCCUUUUGGAGCUGGAGCUUGUUAUGAUAGAGGAUUUUGCCCAUGUUUUGGGGAUGGUGUUACCCAUCACGACCCUCCGCUGCUGUUUGAUCUCUCACAAGACCCUUCUGAAGCCAAACCUCUGUCAGCUGACACUGAGCCUGUGUUUGAUGCUGUAAUAAGGAAGAUUGAAAGAGCCAUAGAAGAGCAUCGCAGGACACUGACUCCAGUCCCAGAGCAGCUCUCUGUGUACAACGUGGUGUGGAAGCCGUGGCUGCAGCCAUGCUGUGGGACAUUCCCAUUCUGUUGGUGUGAUAAGGAAGAUGACAAUAAACUAACCCACCUAUAA